GGACCUUUCAAAGUGGAGCCGCUACCACGGCAUUAUAGAUAUGGGUUAUUUUUUCGUCAGUGAAUAUUCAUACCGUACGCCUUUGUGUCAGACGCAAUUGUUCUGCCAGCGCAAAACCUCAUGUCUGUUGCAACGAUCGGAAUGAAGGCAAUUCCUCGCAGAUCAUCAUCCGACAAUGCCAAGCAACCGCGAAACACCGAUGAUAAACUCAUUUAUUGCCCAAUACCUGUACGACCAAGGGCAGUCAUUGCCUCCUUUCUGGCGGGGAUCGAGCAGACGUUACAGGGAGAUGACCGUGACGGUGUCAAGUCCAAACAUGACCAAGUCAUCGGGAAUUUUAAUGGCUUAAAUGCCCUUGUCGGAGGACCGGCACAUGAUGACAUGCACACUAUACCAAUGGACCUAUGUCGAGUGUCAGUCAAUGUAACCAAGAUGGUCGAUAUCAAGGCCCGGUGAUGGGGUAGUGCGAGGUCAUGGAAAGUGGACGACAGUGCCCUGGUCCAGUGUACAUAGUGUGUAUCGGUAAACUACGUACAAAUUGUAGUUCGACAUUAUAUGGAGCAGGCUCGUGUUCGCUCGUGAGGCUUGCUGAAAAGGAAAGGAUAUCCAUACUGUAAUAAAACUAUCCACCUCCGAAUGUUCAUUGUAUAAGCCC